CAGCAUGGGAAGAUAUCUUGGUUUUUACAUUUGAUGGUGACUUUUUCUUUUUUGGGGUAUGCUAUGGUAGAGAAGAGACUAGAGGUUGGGAUUUGCAAACCGAACCUGGGAGAGGUACACCUCCCAGGGGAGGACUCAGGAGGCAAGCCACGCUCCCAUGCCCGUGGGUGUAUGAUGGGGACUUUUCAUUAUAAGAAUCCCUCUGUGUGGAAGAUAACUGUUUUUCAGAUCAAGGUUGCUAAUUUUCAGCAGUGGUUUUUUCCAACCCAAAAGUGAAAGCUGUGAGAGUUUCCUUCAUAUGUCAAUUUGUCAGUACCAAUUUAUUUUCAUUUUCUUCAUCUUGUUUGUAAUUCUUCCGAGCUGAAACAUAUGAGCUCUUGCAAUAGAAUUCCAAAUGUUUG